AUGUCUCUUCACGUCCCUCAUAGAGAAAAGGCAAACGGCGCACAGGGUGGAACAAAGGCAGUCAUCCUAGUUGGCGGACCAUCCAGAGGAACACGCUUCCGGCCAUUGUCUCUCGACCUGCCCAAGCCUCUCUUCGAAGUCGCAGGCCAUCCCAUCGUCUGGCACUGUCUCACCGCCAUCGCAAAGGUCCCCCACAUUCAAGAAGUAUGCAUGAUCGGAUACUAUGACGAAUCUAUCUUCCGCGACUUCAUCAAAGAUGCCUCGAAGGAGUUUCCCAAGAUUAAGAUCGUAUAUCUGCGCGAAUACCAAGCUCUAGGCACAGCUGGAGGACUCUACCACUUCCGUGAUGCCAUUCUCAAGGGCCGGCCAGAACGAUUCUUCGUCCUCAAUGCGGAUGUGUGCUGUUCAUUCCCCUUGAAUGACAUGCUGAAGCUAUUUGAGAGCAAAGAUGCAGAAGCUGUCCUUCUAGGUACCCGGGUGAGCGAGGACGCCGCCACCAAUUUUGGAUGUAUCGUUUCAGACGCCCACUCAAGCCGAGUCCUCCACUACGUCGAGAAGCCCGAAUCCCACAUCUCCAACCUCAUUAACUGCGGCGUCUACCUCUUCUCCACCGAAUGCAUCUUCCCCGCCAUCCGCAGCGCGAUCAAGAAGCGUACCGAACGUCCCCGCCUCGUCUCAUACCCCUCUUCCGAAAACCUCGAAUCCUCCUAUAUGCAAGACGAUGACGAAGAAAAGUCAAACGAAGUACUACGACUGGAGCAGGACAUCUUGAGCGAUUUGGCAGAUAGCAAGCAGUUCUUUGUCUACGAGACUAAGGAUUUCUGGAGACAGAUCAAGACCGCCAGUUCAGCCAUACCCGCGAACGCCUUGUAUCUCCAGAAAGCUUUACAGUCCGGGUCGGACGAACUUGCUAAGCCAUCUGCCAACAUCCUCCCACCUGUGUUCAUCCACCCAACUGCGCAGGUCGAUCCCACGGCGAAGUUGGGCCCGAAUGUCUCCAUCGGGCCACGAGCUGUCAUUGGAGCCGGUGUUAGAGUCAAAGAGUCGAUUGUGCUAGAAGAUGCAGAGAUCAAGCACGAUGCGUGCGUGCUAUACUCUAUAAUUGGCUGGAGCAGCAGAGUUGGUGCCUGGGCUCGUGUGGAGGGAAGCCCUACACCGGUCAAUAGUCACUCCACGACUAUCAUCAAAAAUGGGGUCAAGGUCCAGAGCAUCACUAUUCUAGGUAAAGAGUGUGGUGUCGGAGACGAAGUUCGGGUGCAGAACUGCGUGUGUCUACCAUUCAAGGAGUUAAAGAGGGAUGUGUCGAAUGAGGUUAUCAUGUAA